CCUCGGUUGCGGUGUGAAGUUACUUUCUAAAAUGACACUUCGGGAUAUUUUUGUCGGCACGAUGUUGCUGUUUUUGUCUAAAAAGUUGCAGUGAUGAGGCGUGGAGAUCCUCCCCCUCGAGCCUUUCAGGCUCCAGUAGAUGUACAUGCCAGUGCAGAUGGCCAAGUGUAUAUGUUCAGGCACAGACAAGAAGAACCGGAAGCGUCGUCAGAAGAUGAGGAACUCAAUGUCAUGGAGCUCAGGCCUAGGAGCAGAGAUUCAUCCUCAAAAGAGAAAGAAGGAGUGGGAGAAAUGCUCUUGCUGGAACGGGACAUCUCCCAUGAGGACAAUCUCAGCAAACUGGCCCUUCAGUAUGGAUGCAAGGUGGCUGACAUAAAAAGGGUGAACAACCUUUUUCAAGAGCAGGAUAUGUAUGCACUGAAGUCUAUCAAAAUCCCAGUAAGAAAGCAUGGCUUGCUAACUGAGGCCAUCUCUGAGCUCAGGACGCCCCAGCAGAGACCUUCCCAUGAUGCAGCACCAUCAAACAGUGCUAUGGCAAGUGUAUCAGGAAGACCCCAAGUGCAGGAAUACACCAAUUAUCUUAAAGAGGUGGACAAUGAUAUUGAGCGUCUGAUCCAAAACACAGACAAUGUAGAAGAAGUGUUUUCUGCAAGUUCCAGGGUAUCUAGAGGAUGGGGAUGGAGAAGCCAGCGUUUGCGCAGUAAUGGUGCAGACUGGGGGAUCCAGUGGUGGAAUGCUGUUAUCGCCAUGCUACUCAUUGGCAUUGUCCUACCAAUAUUCUAUGUGGUAUAUUAUAAAACUAAAGACAGUGGUGAAUCUGCCGUGGACAAUGUAGGUGUCAACAUAUCUGUUUCUACCUCAAACAGUACUAGGGAAUAUAAUGGGAAGUCACCUUGAGGAAAAAGAGGUAGUGAGGCCUUUGAAAUUUCACGUUUGGUUUGAUGCCUAUAUUUUUGUGCUAUUUUGUAGUUAAAUUUAGUAUUACAUUAUGUCGCCAAUACACACAUAUCAUUAUACAUUUAAGUAAAAAGAUUACUCCUCAAAAAAAGGGCUCAAAUGACUGGAAUAUGGUACAAUCCCAAUUUAUUUUGCACAAAAUAGAGCACAUUAUCCAAAAUUUGUGUUCUACAGAAAAUGUUAUGUUUUAAGAGAAAAUUAUAUCAAAUGAGAUCAUGAGUUAGCAUUACAGUAUAAAGCAUUGCAACUCUUAUUGGUUUUAUGGGUGCUCUUAUUUUAUUGUAUUAUGAAACGGUAUUAUGUAACAGCCUUUUUUAAAAAAUCAUUAAUAUUUAUGUACUGGCUUGGUAUAUCAAUGUUUGAUAAAAUGAGUGGAAUAAUAGCAACAAAAGCAAAACAAAAUAAGCCUUUUUCUGUUAACUUCAUACCUGUUUCUCUGAAUGCAUUGUGUGCUAACUCUAAUAUGUAUCUUUGUUUUGAUUUUACCAGAACACUAUUGCCAAAUGGCUGUAUUAAUAUGAAAAGGCAACUGUGCCAAAGCAUAGAUGUGUAUUAAAUAACUGUUUGUUCAGUCAUUAAAAGUGCAAUAUCAAUAGAAGACAAAUACCACAGGAAGAACUAAAUUCAUGGGCAAAUGGACACAUUUUGACCUUUGGACCAUGACAAUAAAAUAUAUCUUUUAAA